UUGCUGUGCGUUGGUUGAGUUUGCUUUGCACAAAGAAAACUGGAAUUUCUCAGUUUUUCUGCCACUCGUGGUCUGGGCAGUUUUCGACUACGCCUGCUUGAUUUCAACCUAAAGUGAUCGAUCAUCCUUUCUUGGUUUUGACCUAAUUGAGGAUUCCAAAUACCUGGUUCAUUGAGGAAAGAAGAGGACUGACAGUUUCUGACUGACUUGCCAUGUGAGCGAGUAAGAUCUUGGAGGAAGACAGCAGAAAGAUCAGAGUUCCCAGGGUUAAACUUGGAGAAACUUCACAGCUUGUCAUUCAAAAAAGGAGUCCAUGAUGGAGGCAGAAGUAAACUUGAAGAGGAUAGGAAGAUGCCACCUAAACGCAUAGCAAAGAGAAGGUCACCCCCAGAGGAUGUCAUCCCCAAGAGCAAGAAGGUGAAGGUCUCACACAGGUCCCACAGAACAGAACCAGGCUUGGUGUUGACACUGGGUCAAGGUGACGUGGGCCAGCUGGGGCUGGGUGAGAAUGUGCUGGAGAGGAAGAGACCAGCCCUGGUGCCCCUUCUGCAGGAUGUGGUGCAGGCUGAGGCUGGGGGCAUGCACACCGUGUGUCUGAGCCAAAGUGGCCAGGUCUACUCCUUCGGCUGCAAUGAUGAAGGUGCCCUGGGAAGGGACACAUCAGUGGAGGGCUCAGAGAUGGUCCCUGGGAAAGUGGAACUGCAAGAGAAGGUAGUACAGGUGUCAGCAGGGGACAGUCACACAGCAGCCCUCACUGAAGAUGGCCGUGUCUUCCUUUGGGGAUCCUUCCGGGAUAAUAAUGGUGUGAUUGGGCUGUUGGAGCCCAUGAAGAAGAGCAUGGUACCUGUGCAAGUACAGCUGGACAUGCCUGUGGUAAAGGUAGCCUCGGGAAACGACCACUUGGUGAUGCUGACGGCUGAUGGUGACCUCUACACCUUGGGUUGUGGGGAGCAGGGUCAGCUGGGCCGUGUACCUGAGUUAUUUGCCAACCGCGGUGGCCGACAGGGCCUUGAACGACUCCUGGUCCCCAAGUGUGUGCUACUGAAAUCUCGGGGAAGCCGGGGCCAUGUGAGGUUCCAGGAUGCCUUUUGUGGUGCCUAUUUCACUUUUGCCAUCUCCCGUGAGGGCCAUGUCUAUGGCUUUGGCCUCUCCAACUAUCACCAGCUUGGAACUCCAGGCACAGGAUCUUGCUUCAUACCUCAGAACUUGACAUCCUUCAAGAAUUCCACCAAGUCUUGGGUGGGCUUCUCUGGUGGCCAACACCAUACAGUCUGCAUGGAUUCAGAAGGAAAGGCAUACAGCCUGGGCCGGGCUGAGUAUGGACGGCUGGGCCUUGGGGAGGGUGCCGAGGAAAAGAGCAUACCCACCCUCAUCUCCAGGCUGCCCAUCAUCUCUUCAGUGGCCUGUGGGGCCUCGGUGGGGUAUGCUGUGUCCAUGGAUGGUCGUGUUUUUGCCUGGGGCAUGGGCACCAACUACCAGCUGGGCACAGGACAGGAUGAGGAUGCCUGGAGUCCCGUGGAGAUGAUGGGCAAACAGCUGGAAAACAGGGUGGUCUUAUCUGUAUCCAGCGGGGGUCAGCACACAGUCUUAUUAGUUAAGGACAAGGAACAGAGCUGAUGAUGUCUCUGAGGGCCUGACUUCUGGCCCCCGAGCACUGCCUCACAGAACAAGAAAGCAGCCAGCUACAUAUUCCAGAAGGCCCCUCCCAGCCCUGAGCAUCUGUCAUAUCCUGUCUUUUUCCAUCAGCAGAGCAGAAACCUUUUCCUCUUUUUCGUCCUCCUUUCUGGAAUCAUCCUAGGACUUGCAGGAUGAAAUGGGGAUGGAAGUUCUCAUAAGGAAUACUGCUCACCCCAGACUUAUGUGAUUAGACCUUUCCUCCCUCCUACCACCCUGACUCCCAUAGUCCUGGCUGGUGCUGGCUUUACCUACCAAAAAAACCCACGAAACUUCCUACCCUGGGAGUUUGGUGUCACACUCUAAGCAGUUGGGACUCUGUCAAGCCCCAUGUCUAGCAUGUGCUAUUCUUUGCAUUUCUAACAGUAGUUUACAGGGAGACAGAUGGUACAGUCAUCAGAGCCAGUUGUCAUGGACACAUGCCUGGGGGAAUCUGGACAAAGGCUUUUCAGGGCUAUGGGCAACCCCAAGCCAAAUAUUUGGCUCUAAACAGGUGUCCAUGGGGCAAAAAACAGUGACCUGUUUGAAGAAAGCCAGUUAGCUGUUCUUCCAAAAGCACAAAGCCUCCUGUCCCUCAAGCGUUGGCUGUGCGUUCCCUUCUCCAGUCGCCUUGCCUGCCACAGGACUGGAAAGCCAGGCUGGCUCUGCUGGGCAGUCAGGGCAUGGUUCUGGGGAAGAGAGGGGGGAGUGUGUUAAACAAUACUGAGGGGAGGAUUGGAGGCAAGGGUUUGGAGGGGCAGAGGCUGGUCCUAAGGAAAGGAAGCAGCAACUUGUACAGUGGCUGAGAAAAUAGUUUUGAUUUUUUUAAAUUGUAAACUAUUUUGGAGGGGAGAGUGAAAUCUUUUAACACUUUGAAUAAAUUUAGAGUUUUAUAAAA